AUGUUCCGAAAAAGUUCCCGACGAGCAGGCAGUAUACAACUUGAAGAAAUGCCAACACUCUCUCAACAACCAACAGCAGAAAACACACACGAUACGUCGAGUAUAUCAAAUUCAAUUGCCGAUAAAAAUGGAAAUAAUGAGCUUUCAGAAGUCAAUGGUGAGAAACAGAAUUCACGCCUAACAAUCUUGACAAAUAACACAUCACCCGGAAUUAUACCCAAAGCAAUAUCGACAAGUGAAGCGGAUGUGAUAUGUACAACUGUCGAGAAUGUUUCUCAUGUUCGAUUCGAAUGGACUGUCGAGGACUUUUAUCCCCAAAUGUACGAAUGUGGCGAUAUGAUUCAAAGUGAAGAAUUUCCACCGUAUGAUUUACAGAAAGAGUUUUGGACACUUCGUUUGUAUCCGAAAGGUCAUUCAGAAUUACCGAAAGAAUAUUCUAAUGUCACUUCAUCUUCAAGUACUUAUGACAGCUCAAUGAUACAAUUUUAUUUAACUCUAUGUCCAUCGCAUAUUACAUUGAAUGCUGCCGAGAAUGUAAACCAAUUGUAUGUUUAUUUUCGUGCUUUGAUUAAUUUCUCGAAUUCCCAAGGUCGUGUACUCCAUACAGAAACGAUUCAUGAUUGUGGUGGUAGUCUAACGAAUGAGAUUGUUCUAAUGAAAAUGACUCGUUCGAAAUGUGAACAAUUGUACAAAGAAUGUGAAGACCAUCUGAUCCUCAGUAUUGAAUUGAUGUCUAUUGAUGACAUUACAAAGCGUAGUUUGAAGACAAGUUCGACCAAAACUAUCGACGGUACGCCACGCGUGAUUUCCAAAGUGAUGAAAAUGAAACUACGUUGGAAAAUCGAGCGUUUUGCCGUGCUUAUUACCGAAUCAUCGAAUAACAGUUAUAUUGAAUCAUGUGAAUUUACAUUCAAUAAGCAACGUUCAGCAAAUCAACAAACAUCAUUCUCUGAACAGGAUUCUGAAAAUGAGAUGAUUAAAUCCACAAAUGAUGUUCCAUUGCAUCAAUGGUCACUGAUACUAUACCCGAACGGCAAAACCGAGCGUUUCAAAGGAUCGCUAUCACUAUUUUUAGAACACACAUUUGGUCCGAGUGUUCGUGUUGUCAUUCGAUUUUCAUUAGUGGAUGAACGCGGACGUCGAGUCAAUACAAAACAGUUGCCAUCGCAUGUAUUAGGUGUUGGUGAGCGUUGGGGUAUCGGCGAUUUCAUCAAACAUGUCACUUUAUUGCAAUCUCCCGAACAAUUGACUCCAAAUAAUGAACUUCGUUUGUAUUGUCAAGUGAAAAUACUUGAACGACAAUCAAUCGAUGAAAAGAAGUUCAUUACUCGUUUACCGAUUGCUUUUGCAACAAAUAAAUCGUCACUUGCAACGUCAAUUAACGAUAAUCCUGCAAGCUAUUGGCCAAGGAUAUUUUAUACUGCUUAUCAAGAAAAACAAAUGUUUGAUAUGUAUUUACGAUGUGCAAACGAAUUGUUUCCUGUGCAUAAACUAAUACUUGCACUUCGUUCAACGGUUUUCGCCAAAUUAAUCAAAGAAAAAGAACUUACAUUAGUCGAUACAGUUUCUUCGACUCCAAACCGUCAAAAUAAACGUUCCAAUGCAACAGAAACCAAUUCUUCAGCAACGAAUGGAACAAACCAUUUGUCUUUACUUACUCUUGAUAUCAACGAUAUUGACCAUCAAACGCUUCCUUAUUUACUUGAGUAUAUCUAUACAGGCGGAAUUCAGAAACUUGUUUUACCAACUGCAACGAUUCCCUCUUCACUCAUAAUCGAUUUAUUAAUAAUCGCCACAAAUUAUGAUAUACCAGAUUUAAGAAAUUAUGCGGAAUAUUUUGUAAAAGAUAUCAUCCGGGUUGACAAUGCAUGUGAAUUACUUUCAUCAUACGAUAAGACCAAGUCAGAUGUGUUGAAACAAAUAACAUGUGAUUUUAUUGCUAAUAAUCUUGGUCAUAUUAUGGAAACACCAGGUUGGAGCGAAUUGAAAGUGAAACAACCUGAUCUCAUUGAUCUUCUUCUUAAAUCAUGUUUAUUAUUACGAAAAUAA